GUCUCGGCCCGCGCUGACGCAGUCAUGGCGGAGGCGGCUUUGGAAGCCGUGCGGAGCGAGUUACGAGAAUUCCCGGCCGCUGCAAGGGCUGAUCAGAAAGUAAAGGUGAGUGGCAUGGUGUGGCCGUGAGAGAUGCAGUGUGACCUCAGAGGUGAACAUCAGUGCCGGGACCAUUUGGAGCAGGAUGUGGUAACCACCAAGUGGAAACCAUGGCCUUUUGGCUCGACCUAGAGCGUGAAUGUAGCAAAGCGAAGCCCUGUACGCUUUAGAAAAACCAGCAGAAAGACACUCCAGUCUGAGUGAGCAGCUGGAACAAAGCUCUGCUGAGCUGAACACUCAACAGGACUACCUGCCUGCAGAGAGAGGAGCUAUCCUCUUUGCUGAGAGCUGAACACUCGUUGGGACACCCUGGCUGCGGAGAGGAGCUGCCCACUGUGGGUCUCCUCUGAGCUAUUCUAUGGCUCAGUAAAGCUCCUCUUUGUCUUGUUUACCCUCUGCUUGUCUGUGUGUACCUCAUUCUUCCUGGAUGCAGGACAAGAAUUGGGACCUGCUGAGUGGCGGGGCUAAAAGAGCUGUAACAUGAAGAGGGCUGAACCAUGCGUCUUGCUUGCCACAUUGUGGGUGACCAGAAGGAAAGAAGAGCUGCGGCCCUUUGGGGAGUCCAGACCCAGGAGCUCCCCAAGGUGGGGUUCUGACACCCUCUUUAGGGCUCUGCAGUUCCUGGUAUCUGCAAGCUUCCAGGCACCACCAUGCUUCCCAGUGUCAGCUGUGGAAGCUGCUUAUGGUACACCUGGUCUAGCUGCAGCCUUGCAGGAAACCAGCGCCUGUGUUGGCACCUGAAGCUGCCUGCCCCACCGCAGCCCACAUGCCUAGCUGUGCGCAGUGGCCAAACCCCACACUCAUUCGCUCACACACCCCUCGCUGCCCCACUCGCCCUUGGCAGGUGUGGGAUCCAGGCCGGAAGCAUGAGCUGAGCACAGCCUGCAGGGCCGAGUGGGCCCAAUGGGGCCGAGUGGGCCCAAUGGGCCCGAGCAAAACAGGCAAAGGCAUCACUGGCCACAGAGGUUUCCAGCUGGUAAAGCAACACCCCAAAGAUCCCGUGACAGUUUAUGGCUGCGGUGAGCUAUUAUUGCGUCACUGCACUUCAGCCUGGGCAACAGAGCAAGACCCUGUCUCUUAAUCUCAGCGAGUACAACAGGAAGAUGUACUGAGCCCCAGACCACCCCAUCUCUCAAGGUGACUGCUUGGAUGGGCUGGCGUGACUGGGAAGGCCUUUGCCACUUUCUUCUCUCCUGGAUUCCAUAUCUACUGGAUGGGUGCCAUCUUGCCUCUAGCCAGGGAAGCAAGCAGGCACACCAACUCUUUCCUUUCCAGUAUUCCUGGGCCCAGUGGGGUCUUCUCACUCAGUUACAAUAUUUGAUCUAAGAACAUUCACUUUCCAACUGAUCAGAAAGUAAAGGUGACUGGCAUGGUGUUGCUGUGAGAGGCGCAGCGUGACCUCAGAGGUGAACAUCAGUGCCGGGACCAUUUGGAGCAGCAUGUGGUAACCACCAAAUGGGAACCACGGCCUUCUGGCUCGACCUGGAGCAUGAAUGUAGCAAAGCGAAGCCCUGUACACUUUAUAAAAACCAGCAGAAAGACACUCCAGUCUGAGUGAGCAGCUGGAACAAAGAGCUCUGCAUGCCUCUUGUUGUGCCCUACCUGGACAAACCCCCAACUCCGCUCCACUUCUACCGGGACUGGGUCUGCCCCAACAGGCCGUGCAUCAUCCGCAACGCUCUGCAGCACUGGCCGGCCCUCCAGAAGUGGUCCCUCCCCUAUUUCAGAGCCACAGUGGGCUCCACAGAGGUGAGUGUGGCCGUGACCCCCGAUGGUUAUGCGGAUGCCGUGAGAGGGGACCGCUUCAUGAUGCCAGCUGAGCGCCGCCUGCCCCUGAGCUUCGUGCUGGAUGUGCUGGAGGGCCGGGCCCAGCACCCUGGAGUCCUCUAUGUGCAGAAGCAGUGCUCCAACCUGCCCACCGAGCUGCCCCAGCUGCUGCCUGAUCUGGAAUCCCAUGUGCCCUGGGCUUCUGAAGCCCUGGGAAAGAUGCCCGAUGCUGUGAACUUCUGGCUGGGGGAGGCGGCUGCGGUGACUUCUUUGCACAAGGACCACUAUGAGAACCUCUACUGCGUGGUCUCAGGAGAGAAGCAUUUCCUGUUCCAUCCGCCCAGUGACCGGCCCUUCAUCCCCUAUGAGCUGUACAGGCCGGCAACCUACCUGCUAACUGAAGAGGGCACCUUUAAGGUGGUGGAUGAAGAGGCCAUGGAGAAGGUGCCCUGGAUCCCACUGGACCCCUUGGCGCCAGACCUAGCACGGUACCCUAGUUACAGUCAGGCCCAGGCCCUUCGCUGCACGGUGCGGGCCGGUGAGAUGCUCUAUCUGCCGGCUCUGUGGUUCCACCACGUCCAGCAGUCCCAGGGCUGCAUCGCAGUGAAUUUCUGGUAUGACAUGGAAUACGACCUCAAGUAUAGUUACUUCCAGCUGCUCGACUCCCUCACCAAGGCUUCAGGCCUUGACUGAUGGAGCACUGGUGAACACGACCAAGCAUGCCUCGGGGGACGGGGCCAGCCCCUCCCUGGCCCG